AUGCGCGGCUUCGUCUCCUUCCUCGCCAGCCUCGCGCUCUUCCACCUCGCCGUCGCCGCGCCGGUGUCGCCUCAAGCUCUCGAGACUCGUGCCUCACUGUGCCGCAACGUCGCUCGCAACGCCGGCCGGUUCAGCCUGCCGUGCGCGACGUACGCCAACUCGCUCACGUGCCCGGCCGGCAUCAACGGCAAGAAGGGCGGCGUCGUCCUCCUCGUUCACGGCACAGGCUCGACGGGCGAGGAAACCUGGGCGAACGGGCCCUACAUCAAGCUCCUCCCGUCGGCCGGCCCCGAGUUCGACGUGUGCUGGGUCACGCUCCCGGAUCGGUCGCUCGGCGACAUCCAGGUCUCGUCCGAGUACAUCGCGUACCUCGUCGAGUACCUCGCGUCGCGCUCGGCGACCAAAAAGGUCGGCCUCGUCACGCACUCGCAGGGCGGCCUCAACGUCCAGUGGGCGCUCAACUUUUGGCCCUCGCACCGCUCGCUCGUGUCGAGCUUUGUCGCGCUCGCCCCGCCGUUCAAGGGCACGAUCGAGGGCCCGCCGGCGUGCCUCGUCACGAGCCUUCUCGGCGGCUGCAACCCGUCGGUCAUCCAGCAGAGCGUCGCCAGCAGCUUCCUCGACGCGCUCAACGUCCAGGGCGACGUUGCGCUCGUCCCGACGACGAGUAUCUACACCGCCUACGACGACGUCAUCCAGCCCGAGCUUCUCGCACCGACGAGCCGGCUCGUCAACGCCAAGGUCGUGCGCAUUCAGGACACCUGCGGCCCAGCCUACGUCGUCGAGCACUUUAUCAUUCCUUUCGCGUCCUACCCGUACCACCUCGCCCUCGACGCGCUCACCAACAAGGGCGUCGCCGAUACGUCGCGCGUGCCCAAAUCGACCUGCGCCUGGCUCGUCAACGACGUCCUCCUCGACAACUUCAACCGCGCGCCGUCGAUCCUCAGCGAGGUCGUGCACGACGCUCUCGCCGUACUCCUCGGCACCAAGGCCCGCAAAGAGCCGCUGCUGCAGUCGUACGUGUGCAAGCGCGGCGACGUCAAGUCGGGCUGCGCAUCCUGA